AUGAGUGUCAUUAUUAAAGAAAUCAAUCCAUUAAACACCGCAGACAAUUUGAUUGCUUUAAUUCACUCGAAAGGAUUGUUAGAAAUCACUAUGAGCAAAAACUUCAUGUUUUUGGUGUUUCAAGACGGACUUUUCAGGUAUUACGUCAACUCCAAAUCGACGUAUGGAGGGUUCGACGAGACGGACGAGGCCCAAACGUUUUAUGUCUUCCAAGAGAAGACGAAUGUCUUAGUGCGAGGAGACACUACUGGGAAGAUAUUCUUCAACAUGUACAAAACAAAGGACGACAAAUGGCUGAAAGCGGAAGACACUUUCUUUGUCGAGAACAAUAACAAACUGACGUUUCACGACCCAAAACAGUCGCAACUGUAUUUCUUUGUCGGCGAAGACAAAAUCUUUGUCUACAAAUAUAACUUGGCAUUCUUUAACGAAAAUUCCGAAAAGACUGAUUUGGACACUGCGGAACAUAUAGCGGUAUUGGUCCAAAGCGUUGACGAAAUAAAACUUGCCGGUAUCCCCACUCAAGUGUUUCAAACCAAUUUUGGGCUCUUCAUUUUCGAGAGAAACAUCGUCCAGUUCUUCGACUUCGAGAAACAACAGCUGGAGGAUGUCGUGAUCCCGAAAAAUAUGUUCACGGCGGACGUCAGAACUUUCCAAAUAUACGUCCACCCCCAGACGUCGGAUAUCAUUCUCAUCUCACCAAAUGGAGACGUCUUUGUUUUGGACCCUAGACUUCAAAUCAAGUCACCAGUUAAGGCGGGGAAGAUCAAUAUUCCAUUCGAUACUUAUAAGGUCUUUUUUUACUUCAGACUUUUGUUGCUUGUCACUGCAAAAAAGAUAUUUAUAUACAACUUUCGUGAGAUGACAACUCCUGAAAUAAUGAGUCUCGAAACUUCAUACAACAUUGAUAACGUUGUCCCUUUUAAUAACCCACAAGUGUCCGUAGGGUUUUACUCUGGAACACAGAAGACUUUUUACGAAUUUUUGGUUGGGAAUGGGAUGAAAUACACUGGAGACAUGGGAGAAGGUUUACUCCAAUUACUUCUAAAAGAGUUCAAGAGUGCUUUGGUUGGAACACAGAAUUUGGGGAUUGAGGCAAUCGAGACUUUCUUAGACCGACUUGGUAAUGAUUUACCACUUAUUGUCUACUUUUCUACCAAACCUGAAUACAGACGAUUUGCAAUAGAUAGGUUCAAGAAAAAGUACCCUGAAAGUGUUCUCAAACAUAUGUCUGAAAACUUUGAUUUUGUGAAGAUCUCAAAAUACUUUGAGGAUUUGGAUCAAAUACCUCAAAAGGAGAAAGUUGAGAUAUUUCGAAGGAAGGAAAGUUGGCGCCCACAAAAAUUCAAUUUAGCAGAAGUGACCGUCCAGUUGUGUAACAACCCGACUGAAGAGAAAAUAGAUAAAGUCUAUCAAAUGCUUCAAAUAACAAAGACUGAUGGAAUAUUGGAUAUACCAGAAGAGUUGGUUGAGCAAUUGGUACAUCACAAAAUGAAUUGGUUAAGACCUUUAAUCAUCCCAUUGAUCAAACUAAGACCGUAUGAGUUGUUACAACAUUUAAUGAUCAUCACCAACGACUUAAAUCGAAUGGAAAUUGUUGUUAUAUUCCAAGAAGUCUUCACGUCGAUUGAUACUUUUGCAAACAAAGAAAAGAUGGGGAAGGAUCAAUUAAUCAUCUUUGCGAUAUUUAUGACUAUUAUCGCUUCAUUUGAAAAGGCAUUGAACUACUUACAGAACGAUUUGGUCCCAAUCUUCUUGGAAAGACUCUUUGCAUUCCCAUUGGACAAACUGAACAUAUCUUAUAAAAUGUUAUGUGCAAGAGCAUUGCUGAAAACACUCGAUGACGAUAAUAUUGAAAUAGCUGAACUUAUAUAUAAAGCUAUGGAAAGAAGAUAUUCACCUUUUGUUCUGCAAGAAACAUUGCAAGACAUUUUAAACACUGUGUUGUGCAAAAAGCAGAAGACACUCAAUUCACAAAAUUGGAUAAUAAAGAAAAUUGCAGAGGUCUGA